GGGCCCCGCGGGCCAGAUAGAAUGGCCGGACAGGCCGCAUCCAGCCCCCUGGCCGCAUUUUGCCCACCCCUGCUUUAGAGGGAGAGAGUUGAACGAGGUAAGCAAGUGAGAACCAAACUGUCACAGGCCUUUAAUCACUGGCUGAAUGUUCCAGAAGACAAAAUACAGGAUUUCCCAUGGUGCUAACUUCUCAAUCACUGCAGUCUGUCAUCUUCUGAGAUUUUACCAUUACGUGGCUAUCACUGUUAAGGCAGAAGCCAGGAUAGAUAUGUACUUACAGGCUAACUAAAUUGGAGAAGUAUAGCAUGAACUUUCAUCAGCCUAAGCUGACUUCAUCAGAUGAUGUGCUGUAGCUUAUACUAUACACUUCUGACUUCUGCGGGACUUCAGACUAAUGUGGCUAACUACUUCUGUUGCUUCUGAGUCACUGAUGAUAAUCAAAUUACAUGUCCUGCUAAAGUUAUCAUUGAAGUGACAGAGAUGUUGCACAAUGCCAGCCUGCUUAUAGAUGAUAUUGAAGAUAACUCAAAGCUACGGCGAGGCUUUCCAGUGGCCCACAGCAUCUAUGGAGUUCCAGCUGUAAUAAAUUGUGCUAAUUAUGUAUAUUUCCUUGGCCUAGAGAAGGUUUUAACACUUGAUCACCCAGAUGCAGUAAAAGUAUUUACCCGUCAGUUACUGGAACUUCAUCAGGGCCAAGGCUUGGAUAUUUAUUGGAGAGAUAAUUAUACCUGUCCCACAGAGGAAGAGUAUAAAGCCAUGGUACUACAAAAGACAGGUGGUCUUUUUGGACUAGCUGUGGGCCUUAUGCAGUUGUUCUCCAACUAUAACAAAGACUUAAAACCACUCCUGAAUACUCUUGGCCUCCUCUUCCAAAUAAGAGAUGACUAUGCUAAUUUACGGUCAAAAGAAUAUAGUGAAAACAAGAGUUUUUGUGAAGACUUAACUGAGGGCAAGUUCUCAUUUCCAACUAUUCAUGCUAUUUGGUCCAGGCCUGAAAGCACUCAGGUGCAGAAUAUUUUGCGUCAAAGGACAGAAAAUGUAGACAUUAAAACCUAUUGUGUACAAUACCUUGAGACUGUGGGUUCCUUUGAGUACACACGGCAAACUCUGAAAGAACUUGAAGCUGAAGCAUAUAGACAAAUUGAGUUACUUGGAGGGAACCCUGAGCUUGUAGCUCUAGUUGAACACUUAAGCAAAAUGUUCAGAGAUGACAAAAAUUGACCCAUAAUUUAUUUAACUCUUGCUUUGGGGCUGAAGGGAAAUUAUUUUAAAAUGGAAUUUUAAAAAAAGACAUUACUAAAAUAAUGUCAGAAGUGUGGAAAUGCUUAUUUCACAUUUAUUUAUAUUUUGCUUCCUAUGAUUAUAUUGAACACAGUUCAAGGUUGCUUUGAGGGUAUUGGAAUGAAGUGCAAAUGAUCACUGUCACUUAAUUGGAACUAUUUAUGAACUAUCUCAUACAGAAAUAAAGUUGCAUAGAUCCGGUAAAACCCAACAUUAACAAUAUUAUCUCCCCUAUACAGUCAGGGUGGUGGUGAGGGAGCAGGGGUGUUUAUUUUAGCCAUAAAUUUAAUUGACUUCUGGUAACUGUUAGAUGAAGUCUGACAAUGUGGGUUUCUGGCUAUACUGCUAUAUUAAACUGAAUCAUCUUCCUUAA